AUGGAUUCAAUUCUGAGGUCGGACGAAGAUUAUUUUGAUUCUAACUCAUCAUCGUCGGGAGAGGAAGCUAAGACAUCUAAAGUGGUUUACGUACCAAAAUGCCCCAAUGAUUUGAAACCAAAAAUUGGACAAAGUUUCAUGACCCUUGAUCGUGCAUUGGACUUCUACAAUAAUUAUGCUCGAUAUGUUGGGUUUGACACCCGUAGAAAGGGAUCGAAAAAGGAAAAAGAUGUCAUUACUUGGAUUUACGUGGUGUGUAGCCGAGAAGGUACAAAGCAAAGAAAGAGUGAACAAUCUGAGGUGAAACACAAGCGUUCUUCUACUAAGUGCUAUUGUAAUGCUAAAGUGUCUUGGAAGUUUUUUAUGGGUGUUGGUUAUGUUAUACAAAGUUUUGUUGAAGAACAUAAUCACGAGAUGGUUGAGGAACACCAUAAGUGUUUUAUGAAGUUGGAUUUAGUCUAUCAGAAAUUCAUCCUUGAUUGCGCUAAUGCAAACAUUAGUCCAACUUUAAGUUUUAGCUUACUUAAAGAAGUGCUUGGUGGAUUAGAUUAUGUAGGGUGUACUAUUUUAGAAGUGCGCAACUACAGAUGUGACCUUAGAGCAUACGUGGAAGGAGCUGAUGCGCAAAUGCUAUUAAAUGAGAUGCGCAGGAAGAAGGAACUUUGUGGUGCAUUUACAUAUGAAUAUGAGGUUAACUCAAAAGAUAGACUGACAAGUUUGUUUUGGUGUGAUCCUACUGCCAAGAGAAACUAUCAUUUGUAUGGUGAUAUUGUUUCUUUUGAUACGACAUACUUAACAAAUAGGUACUGUAUGAUUUUUGCUCCUUUUACGGGCAAGGAUAAUCAUGGUCGCCCUGUGACAUUUGCUGCUGUCCUUUUGUCCAAGGAAAAUGCCAACUUCUUUUCACGGUUAUUUAACCAAUUUGUAAAGUGUAUGGGUGUGGCUCCUAAACUCAUCGUAACCGACCAAGACUUAGGAUUGAACGUUGCUAUUGAGGAGGUCCUUGUCAAUACGAGACACCGGUGGUGUAUGUAG